AGAAACAGAAACCGCGCUGUGGAGACGUGGUUGUUCUCGUUGUGGCACAAAUCGAAUCCCAUUCUAGCCCUCUUUUUCGUCUCUUUGGACGAAUCGUAGGCGGCAACCCUAGUGAUCGUGUUCCCCCAUGGCUGUCACUUCUGAGAAGCCCGUUGAGCUCUGCGUCAAGGCUGCCACCGGCGCAGAGGAUGUCGUCGGCGAUUGUCCCUUUUGUCAGAGGGUUCAGCUGACGCUGGAGGAGAAGAAAGUGGCCUAUGAAUUGAAGUUGGUCAAUCUUGAUAAAAAGCCUGACUGGUUCUUGAAGAUCAAUCCUGAAGGGAAGGUUCCUGUGUUCAAAGGGAAUGAUGGGGAAUGGAUUGCUGAUUCUGAUGUUAUUACACAGAUCAUUGAGGAAAAGUUUCCAAAUCCCUGUCUUGCUACUCCACCGGAGUUUGCUUCAGUGGGAUCAAAGAUAUUUCCUUCAUUUGUUAAGUUCUUGAAAAGUAAGGAUCCAAAUGAUGGGUCCGAGCAGGUGCUACUGGCUGAGCUACAGGCUUUGGACGAACACCUCAAAAAACAUGGUCCUUACAUCAGUGGGGAAAAUAUUUCUGCUGUUGAUCUUAGUCUGGCUCCAAAGUUGUUCCAUCUCAAGGUUGCACUUGGCCAUUUCAAAGGGUGGAGUAUCCCUGAAAAUUUGACUCAUCUUCUUGCAUAUUUGGAGUUGUUGUUCAAUAGAGAAUCUUUCUUAAAGACUAAGCCUGCAGAAGAGCAUGUGAUUGCAGGAUGGGCCCCAAAAGUGAAUGCUUGAGGCACUCCAUCCAAAACCAAGAAUCCAAUAAACAAUGCUGAGCUAUUCAUCCCUUGAACCAAUGCUUGGCUGUAUAAAAUAUUUAUUUAAAACCAAUGUAUGUCUAUUUGUCUAUGCUUUUGAACGUGAAUGCUUGUUCUAUCAUAUAUUAUUAUAAAAUACAAUAAUUAUGUGUGACUAUAAA